CAGGCCGGGUCGGGCGAGGCGCAGCUCUGUGGUCUAAGUGACGGCUCCGGAGCCGCUGGGCCACGAGGCAGGGAGACGUGAGGGCAGGAGCCAGGGCCGGGCAGCAGCAUCGGGGGCCCAGACGGCGCAGCUCAGCUGCAGCCACCAUGGAGCCAGGCAGCGUGGAGAACCUGUGUGUCGUGUACCGGAGCCGUGACUUCCUGGUGGUGAACAAGCACUGGGAUGUGCGCAUCGACAGCAAGGCCUGGUGGGAGACGCUGACCCUCCAGAAGCAGCUGCGGCACCGCUUCCCAGAGCUGGCCGACCCUGACACCUGCUACGGGUUCAGGUUUUGCCACCAACUGGACUUCUCCACCAGCGGGGCACUCUGUGUGGCCCUGAACAAGGCAGCCGCAGGCAGUGCCUACAGGUGCUUCAAGGACCGGAGAGUCACCAAGGCUUAUCUGGCUCUGGUGCGGGGACAUGUUCAGGAGAGCCGAAUGACCAUCAGCUAUGCUAUUGGCAAGAACAGCACAGAAGGCCGGACCCACACCAUGUGCAUUGAGGGCACACAGGGCUGUGAGAACCCAAAACCAAGCCUCACUGAGCUGGUGGUCCUGGAACACGGACUGUAUGCAGGUGAUCCUGUCUCCAAAGUGCUGUUGCAGCCUCUCACGGGACGGACGCACCAGCUGCGCGUGCACUGCAGCGCCCUGGGCCACCCCAUCGUGGGGGACCAGACCUAUGGCCAGGCCUCGAGCCAGGAGGACCAGCCUUUCCGCAUGAUGCUCCACGCCUUCUACCUGCGCAUCCCCACAUGCACCGAGUGCGUGGAGGCCUGCACGCUCGACCCCUUCGUGCCCACCCUCGAUGCCUGCUGGAGCCCCCACACCCUGGUGCAGCCACUGGACAAGCUCGUCCAGGUCCUGCGAGCUGCCCCAGACCCUAACCCCACAGAAGGGGACCCCAGGCCCUGCAGCCCCUCCACACCCCUGCCCGGGCCGGGCCGGCCCCCACCGCCCCCUGCCAAGCUCCCUGAGACAGAAGCACAGCGGGCCUCCUGCCUGAAGUGGCUGUCAGAGUGGACGCUGGAGCCGGACAACUGAGAGCAUCAUGCUGGGGUGGGGAUGGCAGGCUGGGACUCCAAGGGUUGGGGGCUGCGGGUCAGAGUCAUGGACCCAUCCCUGCAAUGGCCAGGCCUGGAGCGGGGCCGGCAGGGCCAGCAGAGGGAGCCAGGCAGCUGCGAUUCCAGAGGAUUAAGCUCUUGGGCUGUGGGACCCACAUGGGCCUCCCUCCCAACACCCCAACCCCCACAAACUGCCCCAGAGCACCUCCCUGUUUCUAGAGCCUCAACCCCAGGAGCUUAUUUGUAGACUUGAUCGGGGUCACCCUGGAAGAGGCAGAGCCAAGACCUGGGCCACCCUCGAGGUGGGCUCCUCCUGGGCCCCCAGCCAACACCCCAGAGCACCCUGCUCCACGCUGCUUUGCUUGGACCCUCUGUGUCCAUCACCCCAGCCUGGCUGGGUUCUCCAUCUGCAGACCUCAACCCUCCUUGCUAGGCCCAUCCGACCUUGUGCCUUUGCUUCUGCUAGACUCUGCCCCCUCCACCCGCAUCCUGAGUGUCUCACAUGGAGGUGGGUGUGGGCCACGUUCUUCAGCCCUCACCUCACGUGCCAUCCCUCCAGGCCUACCCUGAGCGCUGCUCCAUGGGGUCUUCCGGGCCCCUAAUUGCGGCUGCUGCCUCCAUCACCUGCCUGGCAAUUUCCAGGCAGGACCUCAGCCUGGGAGCAAGGGCAGCCCACCAGCCCCCGCCUCCUCCAUCCCCACAACACAGCCACACCUCCCCAGCCAUAGCUGAGCUCUGAGAACUGGGAAUAAAUGCUCAAUAACUGA